ACGAGAGUGCCUGUAUAAAAGCUGAGUAAGGGGCAUAUUUUCUUUUUCAGGUGCGAUAUGGAUGAGGGGUGUACGCAACACAAAGACUACUUUCUUGUCUCUCGUGACAACCUGCUGACACUCCUGAACACGUGCCGCACUUGCUUCUCUACGUCCUGCACAGUGAGCCUCUCCUGUUCUGGGACACGCAUCACUGCUAAGACUGAAUGCCCAAGGGGACAUGAGCACAUGUGGGCGAGCCAGCCACUAGUAGGAAUGAAGCCCAAAGGCAAUGUCGACUUGUCGGCUGCAAUACUCUUCUCCGGUUCAAGUGUUGCUGGAACACUCAGAAUGAUGAGGUUGAUGGGUGUUCAAGUCAUCAGUGAUCAAACAUUCUUCAGUUACCAGAAAGCAUAUCUUUUUCCAGCUGUCACUGCAGUCUGGGAUGAGCACCAGAAAGGACUUCUGGCAGCAGCUGGUGACAGCAGCUUGGAGCUCUGCGGGGACGGGCGCUGUGACUCACCAGGCCACAGUGCCAAGUUCUUGACAUACUCGUUCUUGUGUCCUGGCACGGGAAAGAUAAUACACACUGAGCAAAUUCAAGUCAAAGAAAGUGCCCAAAUUCAGGCGAGCUCACAAAUGGAGAAAGAGGGCCUCAUCAGAGGUCUUCAAUUUCUCUGUGACCAGGGCAUCUCCAUAAGGUCCCUGACAACAGACCGCCAUACAGCAAUAAAGAAAUACAUGAGGCUGCAUUGCCCGGCCACCAAACACCAAUUUGACGUCUGGCACGUUGCAAAAGGCAUCAGAAGAAAAUUGACAGCUGCUUCACGGAAGGCCAGAUGCAGGGAGCUGUUGAGCUGGAUACAACCCAUUGUGAACCAUCUGUACUGGUGCGCAUGUGCUUGCGGAGGAAAUGGAGAUUUACUAGUGGCGACAUGGACAAGCCUCCUAAACCACAUAGCUGACAUUCAUGAUGGUCAUGGCAACCUCUAUCCCCGCUGCCUCCAUGGACCAUCCAGCACAGUGUCAUGGCUCAAAAUUGACUCUCCAGCGCACAAACAAGUCAGAGCCAUUGUCAUGGCCCCAGUGCUUCUCAAAGACAUCCGACAGCUCUCGCCAGACACGCAGACAUACAGCCUGGAAUCUUUCCAUAGUGUCCUGAACGGCUAUGCUCCUAAGUCUACCGCAUACACAUAUGAGGGAAUGAAGGCUCGAACACUGAUUGCUGCCCUCCAUUUCAAUGAAAAUGCCAACAAAGAGCAAGCAACAACAAAGGAUGGAACACAGCAAUGGCACAGCAAGACAUCCAAGGCCAGACAUAGCAUGAUGACUGUGUGUCCACUCAAGAUGGCUGCUACAUUUGAUUAUGUGCAAGAUCUACAAAACAAGGUGACCGAGCUUUGCAUCGAGCACCCGUCAUUUCCAGAAGCACUAGCCCAGGCACCAGAAAAAAUUGCACCAGCAUUUGUGCCACAGAACGAACCUAGGCCCUCCAAAACUGAGCUAAUAGCGGCACACAAGGCACGGUUUUUGAAGUUUUGA